CUCGCGCGGGAUAUUCCUCGUAUUCGCAUCAUACGGUGUCUGACACAUAUGGAAACCGAUCACCAUGCAUAAAUAUAUCUAAAUCAGGCAAAGAGGUGAUGAAUUCUUCUUGCAACUUUUUUUUAAACCAAGAGAGAGACCCUGUACGCUUGAUUAAUCCAAAGAAAUGGCUCAAUCUGUGAAUUAUUAAACACCGUUGAGAUGGAAGAAGAAAGCAAUUAUGAGCAGAAGCUCCAGCAGAAGGCUCGAAAUCAAGCUAAGCAGAAGAAAUCGAAGUCGGCUGAAUUUCUGAUGGUAAAAGACGAGAGAGCUGCAGCAGAAGGCAUUGAAAAUCCAGCUUUUAACAUCAGCACCAGAAACCUUUCAAUAUAUCAUAGUUCAGCAGAAAAAGAAAUUAGACAUGACAGACACGAUGGCACCCUUACAGCUCACCAACAAAAACUCCUGCUACAAACCCAUGAUCAAGCAAGAGGAAAUGAAUACUGCAGAAAUUACUUUGACCUACAGAUGUAUGAGGGAAUAGACCCAAGGCAGUAUGGGAUAGAGGUCGGCACUGAAGAUGAGUGUGAAUUAAGUCCUGACAAGAAUAAUGAAAUGGAUUUAUAUUUACAACUGCUGAAGGUUUUAGAAGAUGACAGUAUACCAGAAACCACUGGAGCUAUUGUGGGGCAUAAAAACACUGAAUUUCACAGCAACAUAUCGGGCCUGCGGCAGAAGGUUGAGAGUGAGAUGAUCCCUCCUUAUGUCGAACAGUUUGAGGAGAGUGUACAAGAUGACAUGAUUCUGGUUGGCAGCCUUUCACUGGAACAGACAAGUGAUCAUCUGCAGGGUUUCCAUGAUGCACACAUAGAUUGCCGAUCACAAGAAAAACAUCUGGCUCAACAUAAAGAGCUGUCUAUCAAAAAUCAGUGGGACGAAACCAAGGAAGAUUUACAUUCAGUCUUUAUCUCUUAA